UCACAAACUUUAGACAUGCUGGAACCAUUAAAAGAAGUAAGGGAUGGAUACAUUAUUUCCCUAAACCUAGGCUCACCUCCACAAGUUAUUCAAGUGUAUAUGGAUACUGGAAGUGAUCUCACUUGGGUACCUUGUGGAAACCUAUCCUUUAAUUGCAUAGAUUGCCAAGAAUAUACAAUUCACUCAUCCAUGUCCCGAUACUCGCCUUUGCAUUCAUCAUCUUGUGUUAGGGAUACUUGCGCCAGCCAGUUUUGUAUCGAUGUGCAUAGCUCUGAUAACCCAUAUGACCCUUGUAACAUUGCAGGGUGCUCGUUAAGCACCCUAAUGAAAGGUAUUUGCUCAAGGCCAUGCCCUUCAUUCGUGUACACAUACGGAGAAGGUAUUGUUUCAGGAACCCUAACUAGGGAUACCCUAAGAGUUCAUGGAACCACUGACCGUGAUGUUACCCGGGAGGUAAGCAACUUCGGGUUUGGGUGCGUUGGUUCAACUUAUAGAGAACCCAUUGGAAUAGCAGGGUUUGGUAAAGGUUCAUUUUCUUUACCUUCUCAAUUAGGGUUUAUCCAAAAGGGUUUCUCUCAUUGUUUUUUGCCUUUUAAGUUUGCUAAUAACCCUAAUGUUUCAAGCCCUUUAGUUGUUGGAGAUCUUGCAAUCUCUUCAAAGGAAGAUAUGCAGUUCACUCCAAUGUUAACUAACCCGAUGUACCCGAACUACUACUACAUCGGGUUAGUGGGCAUAAGUCUAGGAACCGCGUCCGGUUCCUUGAUUCAAGUUCCCACAAACUUGAGAGACUUUGAUAUAUCUGGCAAUGGUGGUAUGUUGAUAGAUUCAGGAACCACAUACACUCAUUUACCACAACCAUUCUACUCUCAACUUCUCUCAGAGCUAGAAUCUGUCAUAAACCACCCUCGCGCAACCGAAGUGGAGGCGCGAACGGGGUUCGAUCUUUGCUUUAGGGUUCCAUGUAUAAACAACAUUACAAAUGGUUUGGCACUUAUGGAUAUUGAUGACCAUCUUCUUCCUUCAAUAACAUUCCAUUUCAUGAACAAUGUGAGUCUGGUUUUGCCACAAGGGAACAACUUUUAUGCAAUGGGUGCACCGCGUAACUCAACAGUGGUCAAGUGUUUAUUGUUCCAGAGCAUGGAUGAUGAGGAGUAUGGACCAGCUGGGGUGUUUGGGAGCUUUCAACAACAAAAUGUGGAGGUUGUUUAUGAUAUGGAAAAUCAGAGAAUAGGGUUUCAAACAAUGGAUUGUGCCUCAUCUUCAGCUUUUCAACAACUUAACAAACCUUGA